CCGCGAGGCUCCGCUGGGGCCUCAUCGCCAGGCCCGGCCCGGGCCCCCCGGCCCGCCCCGUCCCCGGGGCCCUGCUCACCGCCCCCACACCCGCCGUGUGUCCUCUGCGGGUGCCCCCCGGGACACCGCCAUGGGUGACCAAAUGCAGUUCAUUGUCGAGAAGCUCAAUCAGGAGCCCUUCAGGAAGAACUACAACUUAAUCUCGUUUGACUCCCUGGAGUCGGUGCAGCUGCUGCAGCUGCUCAAUGAUGUUCUGGGCGAGAUUGACCCGAAGCAUGCUGUUGACAUUAGAGAGGAGCUGCCAGAACAAACAGCUAAAAGAAUGCUGAGUCUCCUUGGAAUUCUCAAAUACAAACCUCCAGGGAAUGUGUCAGACCUAAGUGCUUUUCGCCAGGGGUUGGUUACUGGGAGCAAACCUGUCAUUCAUCCCCUCUUACACUGGCUUCUGCAGAGGACCAAUGAACUCAAGAAAAGAGCUUACCUGGCACGUUUCUUAGUGAAACUGGAAGUGCCAGCAGAGUUUCUCCAGGAUGACACUGUGGCUGACAUCAACAAACAGUAUGAAGAACUCAUGGAAGCAUUUAAAAACCUGCAUAAGGAGUACGAGCAGCUCAAAAUAUCUGGUUUAUCCACUGCAGAGAUAAGAAGGGACAUCAGUGCAAUGGAAGAGGAGAAAGAUCAACUGGUCAAAAGAGUAGAGCGUCUCAAGAAGAGGGUGGAGACAGUACAAAAUCAUCAACGGAUGCUUGAAAUAGCAAGACAGCUCCGCUUGGAAAAAGAGAGAGAAGAAUCUCUGGCUCAACAGAAACAAGAACAAAAAAGUCAGUUGUUCCAUGCAGAGCAGAGGCUGCAGAGAGCCCAGCUCCAGCUGAAGGAGAUGCAGGAUGCAGUAGCUGAUUCAAAACCUGAAAGUUUAAUGAAGAAACUGGAAGAGGAGAUAAAUUUCAAUUCCUACCUGGUUACUGAAAAAAUGCCCAGAGAGCUUGAGAGUAAAAAGGCCUCAGUGUAUCUCCUGCAGAAGGUGGUUGCAGAGCCAGCCAUGACUCAGUCUGAUCUCACUGCCCUGCAAAGUGAGAUAAAUGAAGUCAAUGCACAAAUGAAUCAGCUUACUGAGAAAAGAAUGAUGAAGUAUGAGCCAACAGAUAGUAAAUUUUCCAUGUAUCGCCAGCAGGCAUCCAUAAUUUCCCGGAAAAAGGAAGCCAAGGCAGAAGAACUCCAGGCUGCCAAGGAGGAGAUGUCCAGGCUGGAGAGGCAGGUGCAGCAGAGGAGCAGUCAGGCCCACGAGCUGGAAGGCUCUGAAAUCCUGACAGAGGAUGAGCUCAAGCAGUACGUUAAUAAGCUCCGGAGCAAGAACACACUUUAUAAAAAGAAGCGCCUGGAAAUAGCAGAAAUUACAGCUGAGUAUGGAAUCCUCCAGAGGACAGAGGAGCUUCUGAAGCAGCGCCACGAGGCCAUUCAGCAGCAGUUGCAAGUGAUUGAAGAGAAAAAAGGCAUUUCUGGAUACAGUUACACCCAGGAGGAGCUGGAAAGAGUCUCUGCAGUGAAGAGUGAAAUGGAUGAAAUGAAAGGCCAGACAUUAGAUAAUAUGUCUGAAAUGGUAAAGAAGCUGAAUGCAGUGGUGGCAGAGAAGAAGGCAAGCCUUGCUCCUGUCAUCAAAGAGCUCAGGCAGCUCCGGCAGAAGUGCCAGGAAUUAACUCAAGAAUGUGAUGAAAAGAAAAUCCAGUACGACAGUUGUGCGGCCGGGCUGGAGAGCAAUCGCUCGGCCCUGGAACAGGAAGUGAAAGGGCUUCUGGAGGUGUGUGCCCAGGAAGAGAGCAGCUACCGCUACAUCCACUGCAUGAAAAGGACCCUGGAGGUCCAGCUGCAGCGGGCUAAGGAGGAAAUGAAGGCCUAUGUGUCCCCAGACCCACAGGAGCGACGGAAGGCGAUCCGUGGAAGCAACGAGGGAAGAACUGUUUUAUCUGUCAGUGUACGGAAUCAAAUGUCAUUCGGUGUCAUCAGAAGCAAUGUCUUCACUCAUGGAGUGAAAAAGGCAGUAGUGGACCAGUAAAAUUUUACAGGCUCUGGAAUGGGGCCCUUGACAGGGAUAGAGAUAUAUCAAACAGUGAGAAAACUCCAGGGGUUCCCUCGGGAGACACUGAGAGAUGAGGUUGUCUUCCUGCAUCAGAUCCUUCCUGAACCACAGGUUGUCCUGAAGCCCCUUGCACUGGUGCCAGUGGAGCUGCAUCUCCAUGUUCUAGAACAUGAGGCAGAGACCACCAGGAAGUGAAGGACUGGAUUAAUACCUAUCAGAGAGACCUUCUGCAAGGAUCUGAGGCAUGAGAAUGCUCAAACACUGGGUCAUAAAAUAAGAGGAAGAAAAGAAUCGACAGUACAAAUGUUAGGGUGGGAGAAGAGAAGGACAAGGAGAGAGAAUGUUAUCCCAUCUCACAAAAUAAUGGAAGGUUAUAGGAAAUAAAGGAUUUGUCUAAUGAAGGACAAGGAAACAGCAAAAUUAAACAGAAGGAUGAAAAGAGGAAACCCUUAGUGAUGAUGUGAGUAUUUAUGAGGAUGAGGAGCAGCUGAGGCAGCGGGGUCAGACAUAAGGCACGGCCCUUCUGCGGCUGUGGGGAAGGGGGUGCUGGGUUCGUUCUCAAAUGCUGAGCAAAAAACACUUGGGAAAUGAACAUCCAGGAUGUGAGUGUUCACAUGGACCAGCCAUCAGAGCCUGCUGCUGGAAUGGAGCAUGAGCCCAGCUCUGUAAUUCCAGGUAUGGUGAGGGGAAUGUGAACACAGUGUUACCCCUCUCCACUGUCCCCGUUUCACUUCCCGGCUGUGGAAAUUAUCCUCCCACAGGGACUAGACACAGUUCUGACCUUUUUAAGAGGUCACAGACCCGUCUCUUUUAAAUGAAUUACAGUAAAGUUCAAUAGAGAGAUCCUUGCAAAAUAUAAAAUGAGACGGUAACAUUUGUCUCUAGACAUCCCUUUAGAACCUGAAUGUAUUUUUCAGCAGGCACUGGAAUGUAAACGGAGUAAAAAUGAAGCAUAAAUAGACCAGCACUUUCCUAGCAACGUAUUGAACAAAAAAUGUCUUAAUUCAGACCCUCUUUAUUGAAUAUAAACUCUGUUCUGUGGAGUCACUUCUUAGGAAUGUGAAAAGUUAAUUUUCUUCUCUAAAAAUAGAAAGUCGUGGGGUUUUUAACAAAGUUAUUAAGUUACAUUCUUUCCAGCCAUCAUUAUAAAUAGUAAAGAAAAACUUACUAGAAAAGACAUAAAAUCUUCUGAUUACUUUGAAAACUCUACUUUUAAAAAAAGGGUAUUCUUGAGGCCAAAUGUGUUAGAACAUGUGCUGUGUGCCAGGGCAAACAAGCAGCUUCAGCCUCACCUCUGGGUUGAUGAAAUUCCUGGGGAUCAGCGGGACAGCAGAGCACCUGGAGCAGCCUUGGGAUGGCUCUGAUUCGUCCUGGCUGGAAUUGUACAAGAGCAAGAGAUCAUAAAGUGAUCCAGCUUCAUUCCUGUGGCAGGCAGGACCAAGUGUUCCAGUCAGAAUCCUGGAGUACUUGGUAGAAAGGGAAGGAAUAAAGGAACGCGAUGCCAGGAGUUCACCCGGCUGCUCACCAUGUUCCAGCAAACCUUCACACUCUGGCACCACCACAGCUGGCAUUGCUUUCUGGAAAUUAGGAUUUCUCUACACAAAGGUCUUCUACCCUGAGCAAUCUGGAAAGUCCUUUAGAUGAGCUGGGUUAUUUUGAAUUCCACUAGCACACCCUCACACAUAAAUGUAAUAAUUACACACAAAAUAUAAUUGAUUUUUUUUCAAGUGACUCAGUGAAUAGUUUUUUUCUAUUGUCACAUUGCAAAAAAAAUUUGAAGUAAGUCCUAGUGCUGUUUCUGAACGGGGCUGUUGUGCUUUGCAUGUUCAAUUGUCAGGGUUCGUGUGUCAGGUUUGGGUAUGUCAGAGUGAUCAGCCACUUGUUACAGACCAAGGUGCACAGCCAAGACUUUUAGUAAUGAAUGUCACCGGUUACGCUGCUUGGCCUAUAUUUAGGCCUCGAAAUGUGAGGGCUGUUUUCUGAGGGAGGAAUGCACAGUAGUCCCAUUGUAGCCCCUGGGGCUGUCAGACCUGGGCUGAAAUACUAUUCCCCUUCAUUCCUGUACUUUCCCACUCAUUCCAACGCUGCAUUCCCAGCAAUUAAGGGCUGUGGAUCUGUGAACUCUGACGCUCGCCAUGGUUCACCUCAGGAUAUCACCAGGAUAAAUGCAUUAUGACAGGGGAUCAGGUACAUCUUAUCUGGAGGAUCUCACUGUUGCCUUCAAGCUGGAAGGAGGAGUAAUCAUGUCUGCUUCAAAAAUGUAAGAGAUCUUAUCCAGUGUCACUUUUCCCAACUGCACAGCUGAGACAAGGAGACCUGAUCCUUGAUGUCAAGGGAUAUGUUGUCCAAUAACAAAAAGGUUUCUUCCUGCUAUGAACCUCCCAGUACUUCCAUCCUUUUCCAUGUUUGCAUCAUUAUUCUGUCCUGUUACGUAGAACCAAAUCAUGAUAA